UGCGUGCAGGCAGCGGUCCACCGCCAAAUUCAAACAGAGAAAGAAAGAAACCACAGCAGCAAGCGGCUGAAACCGAGAGCACAGGCACAUUAUCACAGCUGAUACUUUCAGGUAAGCUCAGUCACCAUGGCGUCUUCAGUGAUGGAUGGAGUUGGUAGAGCUGUGGUGGGAGUCUGGCGGGCACACACAGUCCUGGAUGAGUCUGACGGGCCGGAGAGCUCUCCAGAAGCCCCAGACCGUUUCCGCAAGCUGCGCUCCUCGUCUUCACUCAACUCUCUGCGGAUGUCUUUGCGCAAGCGGCUCCCGCUGCGUUCUGUCCAGACCAACUCCCUCCCAGAGAAUCCGACCUGGGAGGCCCAGAAGGAGCAACCAAAACCCAACGCAGUCCGCAAACUCACUCGCAGUGCUCGCAACUCCAUCAGUGGAGUGUAUCAGAGGAUGCAGAGGCACAGAGAGUUUGCACACGAGGAGUGUUUGGUAGAGACCCCGGGUCGGACGUGUGACGGGGAAGAAGCUGGUCCUUCAACUUCUCGCACCCCGAGACGUACGCCUGGCCGAGCUGCAACACCCAGACGCACCCCCAGAUCUGCAGUCACACCCGGGCGUACCCCAGGCUCUAGGGGACGAAGGACUCCGGAGGCUGGCGUACGGGGGGUGAAAACAGGAGGAGGCAGGAGGCAUCUGGUCCGCAUGGCUGCACUACGGAGUCCAUUUGCCUCCCCCAACACACAGAACCAGAGGAUAAAGUUUGACCGAGAUUUGGAGUCCGUGUCCAGUGGACUCAAGAGGCUCAAACAUCUGUCCAAGGCCUUUGAUGACAUAAUUGGCAGGGAUAACAGAACCAGUACAAGGGAAAGUUCUGGAGGAGCAGUGAUGAGAAAGUUGGACCCCAGCGGUAAACUCAGUCGCUCAAACCUCACACGUCGGGCUGAGCACCUCUCAAACACACUGGGAGGUUGGGCCCACACAGCUGUGAACACUGUUCGCAAACCCAACUGAACUACAUGCUUGUGUGUAUGUAAAACACAGGACCUUUUUGUAAUGUUUCACAUUUAUCAUUAUUGAGGUAUUACUGUUACAUGUAGUGUUGCCAUGAUACUGGGAGACUAUUAUACGGCAGCUUGUCUUCUUUUUUUAUCUAUACUGUGUGUAUUUAGAAAGUAUUUUUCUUGUGUGUUUACACGUCUCAGGUUAGCUAGUUGUGGGUAAAAUAUCUUUACUGUAGCUGCCAAAGGGAUUUUUGUAUUGUGUUGUAUGGAUAGCUGCUACAACCAAAUGUCUUAGUUACAUUUUCAAAAUACUAAUUUUGUAGUUUUAUAUUCUAACUCGGCAGAGAAACUUUUUCCUAGUUUCUGGAAUUUACUUUAAAAGAAACUCUGCACGAGACCAAAAUUGUAUCUGCAGAACUAACGCUAAAUAUACAGACGGAGGGAGAUACAUUUCCCUCUAUUUAAGUGUAUGCAAUAAUGUUACUAACAUUUGUUAUGAGUUUUUAUAAAUGUCAUUUGAUUAUACCAAAUUAUGACUUAUAUUUUCUAUGAAAGGGGACUUUUUUUAUAUAUAGCUUAGGCAGGAAUUGAUUGCAAUUUCUUUCCCUCUUUUUUUUCAUAUCUUUCCUUUAGGCAGAGGUUGGCACUUUUAAUGGCCUGUGAAUGAUUUAUGCACCAAUACUGUACACAUAAAUCACUUGAUAAUGUGAUAGGGAAAAACCUGAUGGUAACAAUAAUGAUGUUAUAAAGUGUAGUGACUGUCAAACAAACAGCCUCCAAUGAAGCAAAACCGUCCUCUCUGUCAUUUCAGUGUAUUGCUACCGCCUUCUCUACACUAAUGGGAGAAAGGCAGACAAUGUGCCUAAAUGUGAAAAACAAAAUAAAACUAUA